AUGGCUUACCAUAACAUCCACAAGUGGUCAGAAAUUGGUGCAGACAACCCCAUCGAUUGGAAGCUCAAGCAAAUUGUGUGCCACCAUCACUACAUUCAACUUGAACACCCUUCUUACCUGGGUCUGACCUACAGUAUGGCCAUUGGAUGGAAACAUGGGGAGAAUACCCCAGAACCACUGAGCAUCACUGGAGCCGAUGAUUCAGUGACCUACACUAUACAUGCUAGAAAUCACAACCUGUUGGAAAGUCAAGGUUGUAACCUUCUUGGAAAUAUAGUCAAGGACAAGAACAAACUUCUUUGUCCAACCAAUCCAGUCAAGUUGAGAUUGCUACACACUACUUCACCAAAGUAUAUGUACUACUACAAGAUCCAGAAGGACCACAAUGGUGUCUUUCAACUUGACAAACUCCAUGGCAACACCAACUGGAAACACACCACCAAAGUCAAGAUAGAUCUGCUUGCAAGGUACAAGGUCCUUGUGGAUAUGGGGAGAGGAAUCCCAACACCAAAAGAUCACCAAAAGUUCCAAGUCCAACUUGUCAAUGCCCUUAAACAUUGUGACAAACACAAGCCCAGACUCCCACCUUAUAGUGCCUUUACCUAUGUACCGCCAAACAAAACAAAACCCUACUGUCUAUUGACAGACCAAUUGGUUGAGGGUUUAAUCCAUCAUAUGUUGAAUGGAACCUCCAUCGAUUUCUUCUCUAAGGAGCAGUCAACUGUUGAGACUGCUACUUAUGGUUCUGAGUCUGUAGCCACUCAAACCUGUGUCAAACAGAUCAUGGAUCUCCAACAAACCUUGAGGUACUUUGGUGUGCCGAUCAGAGGUCAAAGCUACAUGUUUGGUGACAAUGAAUCUGUCAUGAACAGUUCUUCCCAACCUGAAGCUAAGCUACACAAUCAACAUGUUGCAUUGUCAUUCCACUGUGUGAGAGAAGCAGUAGCAGCUAACAUGCUAUCUUUUAUCCACAUUGACAGUGCUCUCAACCCUGCUGAUAUUCUCAGCAAACAUUGGAGUCAUCAGCAAAUCUGGACACUUCUACCAACUCUAAUGUUCUGGUCUGGAGAUACUGCUGAUCAAGAGGACUAG